CAGGCUGUCGAGUCCUAGACCUGAGUGCUGGUACUGGUUUGGUGGGUCUCGUUGCACAUCGCCUUGGUGCUCAGAGCGUGACGCUGACAGAUGUGCCUCGUGUGAUGCCCCUGUUGGCAAGGAAUGCUGCCUUGGCUUCCGUUCCCGAUGUUGCCAAGGUGAAUGGUGUGGCACCUGUCGUGCCGCCCAUGCCAAACGUCCAGGUGCGAAGCCUCUUUUGGGGCGAAGCGGAGGCCAAGAAAUUUCUGGAACAGCAUGGACCCUUCGACCUUAUUCUUUGCUGUGAAGUGGUCUACCAACUUCCACAGCAGGUCUGGGAGGCCUUGCAGCAGACCUUGCGUCAGUUGCUGGUGCCGGGCGGCCGUGUCGUCUUUGCCUAUCAGCACCGAGAUGGUGCUGAGGUCACAGACGCGGUGUUCUUCCAGACCUUGGAACAGGCGGCGAAUUUGCGCUUCGAUCAGGAGGAGUCCUUGAGCAACUGGGACCACCUUUGGGAUGACGCGGAUUUGCGGAAAGUCAGGAGGGAGCUGUGCGGCAUUUGAGGCCCAUCGUCGCAGGACCUACGUUGCGAGGAACAACUGCAAUCUGUAGCGC